AUGGAAAUCAUCAUGAAGGCUAUCUCAGACGCCAAAGAAUGGCAGAAUGCCCAAGCUCAGGACGUUAUCCUGCAACAGAGGCCUAGCUCCAAUCAUGUACCAUCUAGCGCUCCCUCAGUACACGAAGCUCCUCCCCACACUGUAAUUUGCAAUGUAGAUGCAGCUUGGGAUGUGAGGACUGCUAACUGUGGCAUCGGUGCUAUCUUCUCAGGUGUUAAUACCUGUCUGAACCUGAGUCCCUGCAGUGAUUCUCGUAGUCAUAUCUCCUCGGCGCUAAUGGCUGAAGCCCUUGCCAUCCGUUUUGCGGUUAUGUAUGCCGCCUCGUCAAAUGUUAAAGUCCUAAUGAUUCUGUCGGAUUCCCUCUCCAUGGUCAAGCCCAGCAUUGUUUGGAAUUGUGUUUGA